AUGGCGGUAAUGCUCAAGUUGGCUGCUGAGCAGUACAAGACGUUGCCCAUUCUGGCCAACGAGUCUACCUGCUCAGGAAAGAUUUACAUUGUCACGGGUAGCAACAGCGGACUAGGUCUGGAGACUGCGCGCCAUCUCGUCGAGUUUAAAGCUGCCCGUGUCAUUCUGGGUGUCCGCAAUCUCACAGCGGGAGAAAAUGCAAAGAAGGAGAUUGAAAACACGACGGGUCGCAAGGGAGUGAUAGACGUGUGGCACGUUGACAUGGCCUCUUAUGCCUCUGUUCAAGCGUUUGCCAAGAAAGCAUCGACUGAACUAGACAGAAUUGAUGGCGUUGUCGCCAAUGCCGGAAUCAUGGUGGACCAGUGGGAGCCCGUCGAGGGCAUGGAGAGCGGCAUUCAGAUCAAUGUCGUGAGCACAUUGUUUCUCGGAGCCCUAAUGGUCCCCAAACUUAGCGAGGUUUCGAAAAAGUUCAACAUCAAGCCGACUUUGGUUUUCAUAGUCAGUGUUCUAGGCUACACGGCAAAGGCGGAGAUGGACAAGAAUCGCAAUGGCGAUAUUUUUGCCAACCUCAAUGACCAGAAGCGCGCCGACAUGGAUCAACGCUACGCUCUGACAAAGCUCGUGGAAGAGUUUGCCGUCCGCGAGUUUGCAAAGUUCUGCCCUGUGGAGCGCACAGGAGUAGUUAUUGCUCUUGUAGCACCCGGUCUCUGCUCGACUGGCCUAGGCAAGGAUGCGCGCACUUUUACCAAGAUCAUGCACGGCGGCAUCAAGGCCAUGAUGGCACGAACCGCCGAGGUGGGAAGCCGCACCAUCCUCCACGCCCUGAUUGUUGGCGAGGAAGGCCAUGGCAAGCUCUUGUCGGGGUGCAAGAUCAAGGAAUACUGGGUGCCCGACUGGAUCAGCAACUCCGAGGGCCAACAGUUGCAGCAACGCAUAUGGAAGGGCCUGGUCGACAAGCUAGAGAAGGUUCAGCCUGGCUCUAUUACACAGCUCUCAUAG